CUAGCGGCUACAAUUAGACGCGAAACAUAUUUGAAUUUAAAAUGGCCGCUAAUAAAUUGAGUGCCGUCCGCAUAGCAGUAAAAGAGGCACCUAUCACAAUCUGUGGAAGCGGUCGCGUUAGGUCAGAUGAAAGCGUUGUACAUUAUCCACCACAGUGCGCCAAUUCAGUUGCUGUGGGUGACAAUGUUUUUUGCUUUGAUUUCGCCUUUGGACCCACAGUGUCUCAAAGAGACCUAUACAAUACACUUAUCCAGCCGAUGGUGGACAAAGUUAUGGACGGCAUUGAUUGCACAGUCUUGGCUUAUGGCCAAACGGGAACCGGCAAGAGCUACACUAUGGGCUUGGCCUACAGUGAUUUCUGUGACGAACAACAUUUGGGAAUUGCUCCACGCUGCCUCAAAGCCAUAUUGGAUAGUCUGUCGCAGGAACAGGAGAACCGCAUAGUUUCUGCUCAAGUAUUCGCUUCCUUCAUCGAAGUCUACAACGAAAAGGCCUACGAACUGCUUGGCAGACAAUCAACUCAGAUAUGCUCGCGCGGCCAGAGAUUCAAUGGUGGCAUUCAGAUGCCUAUUCGGAAUCAGGAUGAUCUGCUGAAUGUGCUAAAGGUGGGCACACAGAAUCGUCAUGUCCGGCCUACCAAUAUGAAUCAGAAUAGCUCACGUUCCCAUGCCAUUCUCACCAUUUAUGUCCUGCGGCCCAAUUGCUCCAAAUCCGUGCGCUUCAAUAUUGUGGAUCUGGCCGGUUCGGAGGGUGUGCGGCGUACAGGCCAUGAAGGCAUUGCCCGCCAGGAGGGUGUCUACAUUAAUCACGGUCUACUCUCCAUUAACAAGGUGCUCAUGUCCAUGUCCUCUGGCCAUGCUGUUAUACCCUAUCGUGAUAGUACUCUAACCACAAUGCUACAAGAAUCGAUUAAUGCCCGCUCAUAUUUUACAUUAUUGGCCUGCAUCAGUCCCCAUACCUGCGAUCUUGCUGAGACGAAUUCGACUUUGCAUUUCGCCAAGGGGGCCAAGCGACUGAAACAACAACACAAGCGCUUCGCUGCGGCUACAAAUACAAUGCCCACGGAUUUCCGGCGACCCUUGCCCAGCUCGACGGCAAUAAAGCGCCCGAGACUUUACAACAGCAACACCAGCAACAACAGGGGUUUGUCCAGCUUCUCUUCCCCGCCAAAAAGAUUCAAAAGUACACUUGUUCGCACCCGCUCCGAGAUGGGUUUAACACCAAAGGCCAAAGAGCAUACUCGACAGGAGUUUAUUAGAAUGCGCCAGCAGCCAAUUUUAAUAGAUGUAUCGAAUUCCAUAUCGAAUGGGAUUCCAUUACCCACAUACGAGGAUUAUCUAGACCUGAAAAUGAAAAAUGAGCAACUGCAACGACAACUACAUUUACUCACACUGGAACAAGGACUGAGGCAGGCCUCGUCAGUGCCCAGCUUCGAGUGCAGUUCCACCCUUUACUCGAUAAACGAGGAGGAAUUGGAAAACAAAACUCCCGUCAUGUUUACCAGCAGUCCGACAAGUGUGUCUGGCGUAGCGCCCAUAUCAAUAAUAAGUGAUAUAACUGCAUUGGAUUCCACCAUUGUCAAUGCACCCGUCCAAGAGCAAAUUUCCGCAGAUGAAACCAUCAGAAGACCAACUUCACGACGUGCAAUUGCUCGCAAAUCAAAUUUUAUCACAUCCAAUGAUGCGUCAAUGCAAACUCGUCGCCGGAGUCAGCGCAUUGCCAUGAAAACGCAGAGUUCGCAGCGUUCAAAAGAGCUUUCAGGAAAUAUCCUGCGGCUCCUUAACAAUGGAAAUGAAAAAGAAUUGCAGCAACUACCUUUAAUUGGACCAAAAACCGCCCGCAGCAUCAUCCUGCAACGCCAAAGACUGGGAUCCUUUGUAAACUGGAAACAAAUUCAGAGCCUGCCAAUUUGGCAUGGAUCCACAUGGAAUCGCUUUGUGGCGCAUAAUUGUUUAGAUAUUGAUUAGAAAUUAAUAUAUUUUAAAUGGUAGUGUAUAAGUAAAAAAGUUUUUGUUAAUCAAACAAUUAGAUUUAGAAUUCAUUUUGUGUGCAAAAAUAAUAAUAAGAUGAAAUUAAUCAAUUGAGCCAAAACAAAUAGAUAAAAUGUAUUUAUAGAAAAUCACAAAAAUUAUUAAAAUCAAAUGUAUUGUCAAUGAUAUAAUAUUAAUUAAUUGUUUAUAAUAAUUUGUUUAAAAUAUCUA